GAUAAACGCCGCUCUGAUGAGCCACUUGGCUUUUAUACAGACUUUACCUUUACCCUUUUAUUGGUCUCUGACGAUUUAAAAUAAUGCAGGCUUUUAAAGUGAAGGAAAGUGGGAAACUAAAAGCAGCAAUCACGCUUCACACUUUCUGGUUUCUCCCCCUCCCUCCCAUUUGAACGCCUGUCACGCAGGCUAACACUAAUGCGGCUAAGCAUGUACACAAUGCAGUCCUUAACGUUCUUGUUGGUUGUCAUUUUGUUCCAAGAUUCCUUCCAGAGAAGUCCCUUUCGACAACGGCGAACUAAACUGUUAUAGGUGUUAUUGUGGAUGUAGCGAUGCUUAACAACAAUUCUUUUGUUCCCCAGGUAUUUUGAAGAUGUUACCUUGGAAGCAGGAGUAGAUAUGGACAAUUUCUACAAAAGGUCUUUACUCAACAGAGGAACCUACACGUUUGGUUCCUCAUUUACAGACUUUGACAAUGACGGCUGGCAAGAACUGCUGGUGACUGCAGACUAUGGAGACAGUAAAAUGUUUUGGAAUAUGAAGAACAACUUCACGGAAUGUACUAAGUUUUGUGGCCUUGAAGCAAAGCAGGACGCUAUGGGCCAUGCGAUAGGGGACUGGGACAAUGAUGGUUAUCUUGACUGGUUUUCUAGCGCCAUAUGGCACAACAGAACUGAUUGUUCCGUGUUCGGUUGCAAGUUUGAGAGCAGUGGAAACGUGCUAUUCCGUAAUUUGGGAGGACGACAGUUUGAAGAAAUCGCAAAGCAGGUCGGUGUGACAAACGGUGGGUGGGGUUGGGGUGCUGCGUUCGUGGACUUUGAUAACAAUGGAUUAUUGGAUAUCAUUAUGACCAGCGGUAUCGACUUCCCGACGACAACAACAGAUGAUCAUUUUCGAGUGAAUAGCAUGCAUUUGUGGCAAAACCUCGGAGCUGGUCGUAAUGAAACAACACGAGAGGUGUCCGCUUUGUAUGGCCUGAAUGGCACGGGACAAGGACGGGGCCUGCUUAAGUGGGACUAUGACGAUGAUGGCGACGAAGACAUCAUAGUGUGUAAUAAUGUGGGAGCUCCAUUUUUCUAUCAAAAUCAGCAAAAUGAGUCCAACAAGUGGAUACGAAUACGUGUCGUACAUCGGUAGGUUAACUGAUCGUCGGAAGUAUAUUUUGUACAUUUGUAAUUCGCAUUGUGUUAAACCUAAAGUUUUCUCAAGGAUUUAGACCCUUCUGCUCUUAAAAUACGGUCAAAGGUUGAUUACUUUGACGAUGAUAAACGUUUCUUGGAGGCUUUCUUUGCCGUAGAAAGAACAGGUUCAUAUGUCUUGUUACAGAUACGAUUAAGAAAAAAAUAGAGGACUAAGUUAAAAAAGGAGAGGAAAGUGGGCAAAAAUCGCAU